CUCUUUACGGACCAUCCAGACUUAAAACUGUGAUAUGUCUCAGAAAUCGAUAAAACAAAUAUUUUCCUCAACAGAGGACAAAACUACCAUAGCAAAGGAGGAGGAGCAAAUGAGCCAUCCCAGAGUCUAUAGAGGAGAAGAGGCACAUGGGCUCCCCACUCAGACUGGCAUAUGUGAUAGUGUCUAGUGGUAAUUUAGUAGAUUUGUUCAUUCUCAACUAGUCUCGUUGAACUGUACAUAAUUUAAGUUGGACUUUUAUUUUCUGUUACGUGCACAGAGUGAACCAGCUGACAAGUGUCGGUAGAAGCUGACGGAUAAACACUUCACUCAGCACCGGGAGAGAAUUCAACGGAGAAAUAAUAUGUCUGAUGAGAAAUCGAAGUUGACUUACGUGAUAACUGGAGGAUGCGGUUUUCUCGGCCAGCAUCUGUUGAGAGUUUUAUUGGAGAAGGAAGAAAAUAUCAAGGAGAUAAGGCUUUUCGAUAAAAACCUUUUCCCAAGUCUGCAAAGUCACAGUACAGAGCAUGUGAAGGUGGUGGGAGUACAGGGAGAUAUAACAGAUUAUGGGAGUGUGCGUGAUGCCCUUCAAGGAGCAGACCUUGUUUUUCACGCAGCUAGUUUGGUUGACGUGUGGUAUAAAGUCCCUGAGAAGGCCAUCUAUGCUGUCAAUGUGCAAGGGACAGAGAAUGUAAUAAACGCAUGUGUGGAAAUCGGUAUUCAGUAUUUGAUCUAUACAAGCUCCAUGGAGGUGGUUGGUCCAAAUGUAAAAGGAGAUACAUUCAUCAGAGGGAAUGAAGAUACUCCAUAUAAUAUAUUCCACGAGAUGCCCUACCCUAGGAGCAAAGCUGCGGCUGAGAAAAUGGUGCUGGCAGCCAAUGGCACAAAGGUAAAGGGAGGGAACACUCUCUACACAUGCUCUCUGCGGCCAACAGGUAUCUAUGGGGAACAGCAUCAGCUCAUGAAAGACUUUUAUCUGAAUGGGGUCCGUACGGGUGGUUGGGUGAUCAAAGGAGUUCCACAGAGCACAGAGCACGGACGGGUCUAUGCAGGGAAUGUGGCAUGGAUGCACUUGCUAGCAGCACGUGCUCUGCGAGAACAUCCCGAUAGGCUGGGUGGGGAGUUUUAUUUCUGCUAUGACGACUCACCAUAUAAGAGCUACGAUGACUUCAACAUGCAAUUCCUGUCGGCCUUCAACUUUCGCUCGUUGCACAUGCCAGUGUGGGUGUUGUGGUUCAUAGCAUGGAUGAAUGACAUAAUACGCUGGCUGCUGAAGCCCUUCUACAACUACACACCGCUGCUCAACAGAUACACACUGGCUGUGGCCUGCACAUCCUUCACCGUCCGCACAGACAAGGCGUUUUGUCACUUUCAGUACCGACCACUCUACAGCUGGGAAGAGUGCCUGGCCCGCACACAGAGCUGGGUCAACACAUUCCCUUCAGAAACUCGCACUAAAGACACUUAACGGCUGCUUCAGUGUCAGGAGGACAGUUUGUUUAAACACAUCUGGGGUCAAAUAUGAAAGAUGAGAGCGUGUCAUGACGCAUGUCAUGACUUUUCGCCUGAUGAUGAAUAUUUGAUUGUGUUGCAGUAUUAAGUGUGUAUAUUUACAUAAGUACACUUAAACAGAACACCUCUUAAUCAAAUAUAAUGUGAUACAACUGUUAGAUGAAUAAAGAAAAUAUUUAAUUAUUGAUGUAACAGUAACAAAUGGGAGCAUAAUCUUUACAAAACAUACACGCACUUUCACGCAAAAUGCACAAGAGGCUAUUUUGCUAGUAAUACUAAGCAUUUUGUGUUCUGUUGAUCUGAUGUACUGAAUGUACUUUAUCGUUUAAUAAGUGUCAUAUAAUCCACCAUAUAUAGGUGUAUAUUUAUACAUUUAUUCGUCCAAAUGAUUUCACAGUAAUAUUUCAUAACAUCGUUUUAAACUUUUUUUAGACAAUUAUGUGCUUAUAAGUACAAGCAUUUAAAUUAAUUGUUUAUUUUGUUUUAAAUAAAUAUUUAAUUUUUGUAUGUAACAUUGUAAAAACACUUAAAUGUACAACAGCAUCGCUGUCAAUAGAAUAAAAUAGUUGUGAUUAAUCUCA